AUGUCCAUCAACUCAUUGCUAAAUUUCAAGAGUUUGUCACCAACAUCUACAUCUGUCUAUUAUUUAAUUCAUUUGAAUAUUAUGUUUUAUUCAUUUUUCUUCUGGUUCAAUCAACCCGUAUUCCCAUAUUUAUCCCAAUCAUUAGGCGCAAGUGAUGUACAAAUCAGCUAUUUGAAUUCAUUCAAUCAACUAAUGCAGUUACUUGGCACAUUUUUAAUCGGUCGAAUAAUUGAUGUUCGCGGAGCGAGAACAGCCUUGUUAAUUUCACAUUUUUUUUCAACUAUCUCUUAUGUAUUAUUAUAUUAUGCUAAUUCAGUUGAAUUAUUAUUUUUGUCGAAAUUGCCCACAUUUCUAAUGUCUGCAAUGCAUUCGAGUCAAGCUUAUGUAGCAUAUUUGAGUGACGAAAAUGAUCGUGCAAAAGCGUUGGGUCGAUUAAGUUUAAGCUACGGCAUUGGUUUUAUUGUUGGACCAUUCUUAGGUGGAAUGUGUAGUAAACAUAUUGGAUAUAGUAAUAUAGCGUUGGUAGCAGCAGUUGGAGAAUUUCUUGUGGUACUAAUUUUAUUCAUUUCAUUACCUAAUUUUACUGUACAGAAGCAACAACAGCAAACAGAAAAGAAGAGUGAUGAUACAAAUACAAACAAAUCGAACAAGACUAGUGUAUUUCAUGCAUUAAAGCUAUUACAGAAGUCUCCAUCGCUCCGAUCAAUAAUCUUGAUUAAAUUUUUAUGUGCAUUAGGUUUAUCAACGUUUCAUUCAACUUUUAUGAUUUUAACAAGGCGAUAUGGACUAAGUGCACAAGAGAAUGGGAUGGUAUUAAGUUUUGUUGGCGGUCUGACAAUAUUUGUUAAUACAUUUGUCAUAGCAUAUGUUACCAACAGAUAUUCAGAUAGUCGAAUAGUUAAAGUCAGUUUAGUCAGUUUAAUCAUAUCAUUUGCAUGUGUUAGUUUAGCAACUAAUUCAAAAUUAUUGUUAUUUCUCGUAUUACCGAUUACAUUGGGCGGUUCAAUUUCGGCAACAAUCUUAACAAGUUUAUUAACUAAAACUAUUUCCGUUGGUGAGACCGGUACUGUUUUGGGUCUUGAUAUGGCCGUCGGCAGUUUUAGUCGAGUUAUAAGCCCAGUUCUUGGUGGAUAUGUAUUAGACUAUUGGGGUCAAACAGUUUUGGGUCUGUUUGUUAGUGUUUGUGCUCUAGGCGCUGCUCUUCUAGCAAUAACACAGUUCAAAUGGCCAGUAUCGAGUCUUACUGUUAAGAGCACUAGAAACACAGAUUUGUCUACAACCUUAAAAAGGGAACUUUGA